AUACACUCAAUAAGACCCACCAUUGUUGAUCAAUUUGGCUUAUUCUUAUCUUCAGCAGCCAGAUUGAAUUAUUUUUAUACUUCAAGCACAAACUAAAUCUCACCAUAUAUUAUACACACUUAUACUUGUCUCUACAGUUCCACAUCUCAAUCUUCAUCUCUCUUCUCUAUCUUUAUCUCACUCAUGGGUCUUCAAGAAGAUUUCAUCAAGGAGCUUCAGAUUCCAGGGUACGUAGUUAAGAUACUUUACGUCAUCGGUUUCUUUAGAGACAUCGUCGACACUCUUUGUCCUUACAUUGGUCUACCUAGUUUUCUUGACCACCACGAGACCUCUCGACCUGACCCGGCUCGACACGGUCUCUCCACGUCAGCGAGUCUUGCCAACGAGUUAAUCCCGGUGGUUCGGUUCUCGGAUCUUCUGACCGAUCCGGAAGAUUGCUGCACGAUUUGUUUAUCCGAUUUUGACUCCAACGAUAAGAUUAGGCAGCUACCCAAGUGUGGACACGUGUUUCACCAACGUUGUUUAGACCGUUGGAUCGUUGACUUCAACAAGAUGAAGUGUCCGAUUUGUCGGAACCGGUUCUUACCGGAAGAAAAGCACACGCAGUGUGAUUGGGGUUCUGGUUCAGAUUGGUUUAGUGGUGAAGUGGGAAGUUCCAACUAAUUGGUGGUUUUACUUUUUUUGUCGGCAGGAUGUUUGUUGUAUAAUUUCCAGUAUAACUCUUUAUGUAUAUUAUUAGUAUAUACUAAUCUUCUUUUUGUUAAAGAAGACUGUAUAUAUUAUCAUCUGAUCAAUAUACCGAGUUCUAAUUU